AAAUACGCUGCAUAAACUUAAUUUCCAUAGUAUAAAAAAAGUCACCUUGUCUUUUUUCUUUUUUUCUUUUUUUCCCACAAACAUGUCGUCUGCUUUUAUCCAUACGAAUUCUCAUAACCUGCUUCAUACAAGCAAUACGAUCAAUGAGGAAGAAGAGGAGCAAGAGUUUCAGCAAGCAGGUAAUGGUCUAGCCAAUGACUUGAGAAACUGCUCUAUUUCAUCCACUGGCAGCAUUGAUAUUCAUGGACAACCUGUCAACUCCAAUAUCUUGGUGGCUCUUUUAGACAGGCCAGGAGAAAUGAAAGGACUUGCUCUACACAACAGCCAAUUCUAUGAAGCAUUGGAGCACUAUAUUACUGAAACACAAGGAUCUCAGACAUGGCAAAAAUUUCAAGACAUUGUUUAUAAACCACGCGAGAAGAUGUCAGACCGUGUUUGGAUGCAUCAGAUCAGUCAAUACUUGGCAUACAAUCCUGUGUUUCUAACCAAGUUUAAAGAAAUUGUAGGCUAUGAAGAACACGAAGAUUAUCCAUCACCACCCAGCUCCUAUACUCUUCCACCACACAGACCGUCUACAUCCAAAAGUACGGGUUCAAUCAGCAGUGGCAGUGGCCGUCGAAGAAGUCGAAGACUAUCCAAUAUAAGUCUGAGUGAUGCUCUGGAUGAAGAUGAUAUGAUUCUAGAGGAAGCACCUCGCGUACCAGAAGGCAUGUUUACGAAUGAAGAUCAAUUUUAUCAUCAACAACAGCAACCCAAUGAUGGAAGAAGACGCCGAGCUUCUUAUCACUCUAUUCAAUCUGAACCUCAUCCAACUUUUGUUGAUAAGUUUGAUGAAGUAAAUUUCGAAGUGGCUCAAGAAGACGAAAGUGAUCAUUUAGCUGAUCUUCUCGAUGACGAUGAUGACGAUGACGAGCAAGACCAGGAUGAUGAUAAAAAUGACACAAAUGAUGUAAGAAAUAGAGCUAAAGAUAUUGGUGCCGGAUAUUCAACACCGACAGGCAAAGGUCGUCAAUUCAACGAUAUGGACUUGCUCAAAUUAAGAGAUCAUCCUGAUAUUCAGGCCAAUUUACCUCAAACACAUCCUCAGUUUUUUCUUAAAGCCAAACAGCUCUUGUCGAUUGCACCUUCAUCGCGCCGCUUUUCAGACACGAUUCGUCGUAACUCGAUCCUGGAAGACGCCAUGCCGGAGAGUCCGGUUACGGAAUUGGAAGAGUUACGCUUUCAGACCUGCAUGGAGGAUGAUGAAAAAGAAGAAACGAACCUCUUGGAACAUGUCAUCUGUUCUACACGACGACAGCAACCAGAUGAUGGUGCUUGGCUAAGCGGUGUAUUGGAAGCCUUGUCUGGCUGGCCAGAAUUGAUUGAACGUUUACAUGAAAUUAUUCAAGCAUCUUGUUGAAAAAUAUAUAUAUAUUUUAAUAUAAAUC